GUUUAUAUCAUAAUUGCAACUGUCGUUGCGGCCUAAAUUUUUGAUUUUGUAAAUAAUUUUAGAAAUUUUUAAAAUCGAUAAUCAUUGAAUUCGAUAUUUGACCACAACAAAUACCAAAAAAAGAUGACUGACGCGAUAUUCUAUCCACCUACCGAAAUUACCGAUUAUUGGGGCUACGUAAAAAGUAUUGAUUUUUACGAUCCAUGGCUCAUAUGCUUGAUUUUUGGACAUAUUACAUUGUGUGCAACUGCUGUACUUACCCGAAACCAUAACACUUUUCAAAUAAUCUUAUUUUUCUUUCUGCUUAUUGUUGUCUACUUUUCCGAGUACAUAAAUGAGCUUGCGGCUAGGAACUGGCAGAAAUUUUCAAGGCAGCAGUACUUCGAUUCGAACGGUCUGUUCAUUUCUACAUUCUUUUCGAUACCAGUUCUUCUGAUCUGUAUGUUAAUGAUUGGAAACUGGCUGUACAGCUCUACCCAAAUCAUGGCAAAAGUAAAAACGGCACAGCUGAAACAACGUCUUAAGCAACAACAAAAACAGCAAAGUGUUGAAUCGGAGAGUCAGCCGAAUGUACGACUUAAGGAAGAAUAAAACCAAAUUAGUUCAUUACUCA